AUGGCGGCGGGCGGCCAGGAACGCAAGCAGGACCUGGGGCGCUUCGUCUACGUGACCCGCUUCGGCUCGCACACCUGUGGCAGCGUUUUGCAUCUGGGCGGCCGCAGGGCUCAGAGCCGUUGGUGCCCGGGAGUAGGGGCCCACCGCAGCCAGGUGGCGCCGCGUAAAGCGGCGGUGGAGGCAGGGGUCCCGCGCAGCAGCGGGCUGUCCCCCGACUCCCAGCCCAAGGUCCCCGCGGCCCCUGGCGCGGAGGCUGCGGCCUCCGCCUCCUCCCAGCUGCGGGCGUCGAGCGCGCGGAGCGGCCCCAGGCGGGCGGCGCGAGCAGGUUUAAUCCAGAAGGAUGCAUCUAAAAAGUUUGAUUUUCCCAUACCUCUGAAUGAAACUUCCAAAAUAAUCACAAAAAAGAAAAAGGUUUCAGAAUGGGAUAAAGUAUACAAACUCAUUUCUAGAAUGCUUGAAGAAAAUGAAAAAUACAGGCUCAGGCUGAAAUGCCAGAACUCGUCUAGUGAAAGUAAGUUAACACUUAACAUUUUAUUGUAUUAA